AUGGCAGACGGGACUGAACACGCCGUACCUGACAGCGGUGAUGAGAAAUCUGGCAGUGAUAAGCCACAAUGCCAUCUGCCUGACAAUUCGGUCGAAUACUGCCUGUUCCUACUCGAAGAACAGGUAGACGCACGCAGAACCCUGAACGCUCUGGAGUCUUUACGCAAGAGUGCCCUCGGCCUCGCCCAGACCUUAACUGCGGACUAUAUUUGGCAGCGCGAUGACUUUAAUCUUGAGCUCAAGGUAGCGGAUGGUUUGCGCUACCUUCACGGGCUCACAGAAUAUGGCGAUGCCGUCGAAGAUGAAUGGCUAGUAGUCUAUAUCCUGCGAGAGCUGACCAAGCUUCACCCAAGCCUAUGGGUUCGAGCCGCCGACACUGACGGCGAGUUCCUUCUGAUUGAGGCUGCCAACGUAUUGCCACAGUGGCUCAGCCCAGAAACGGACCAAAAUCGGGUGUGGAUACACAAAUCAAAUCUCAUGAUUAUCCCGGAUGAAGACAGACGCAGUGGCUCGUCAUCUUCUAGACUUUCUCUCUCCGCAGCCGUUGACUACAUCACCAGCCAGGCCGAUUCCCUGGUACAUUCUGCUUUUAUCGAGGCCGAGGCGUUCUAUCGACUGGAAAGAUACCCAACGCAGAUUUCCGAAUCCGUUCAUCAUUCCAUGGUUACCGUCCCGCGCAAGGUUGCUUACAUCCUCCACGAAAUACCAAGAUCGAUCGCGCCCGCCGUGGAAGCCUUCUAUCUCCGCGACGCCAUUGACAUGCAGUCGAUCAUCACAGCUACGGCAAGCCGGCGCUUCAAACCAGAGGACAUGGUCACGUUCAGCGCGAGGUUCAGCAGAGUUCUCUUCGCGCAACUCAAAUCGCAGCGUUUCGAGCCCCCACCUGGUUGGCAAGAUGCCGUUAGAGCCGUGUCGGGCAACGACAAGAGUAUAGCCAGGCUAGACAUGGGCAUGAAGCUUACCUGUGGCUUUGAGAUUCUCGCUCGCGAUGCGGCAAAGAACAACAGUCGCAUUGUCCGCGAGGUGGGGCUCAUCCUCGACGAUCUUGACGAGGAUGGCGACUCCACGCUACCCGCAGACCCGGAAAUAAAUUCGUGGCACGGCAACGAAAGGGACGAUGAUGACUCCUGGAUGGAUAUUAACUACGAUGAUUUUGACCGCGAACUAAGCGGCCAGCGGCAAGAUGCAAAAUCAGGGGCUGGAGGCACGGGGUUUGGCAGUGCUCAGACCAAGGCGGAUCUGAGAAAGAUUGUUUCGCGGUUCGAGGCUUUUCUGAAUGACGAGCGCGCUGGGUUGGAUGGCGCAGAGGUCGAUGACUUGGACGACAAGGAAGAAGACGACGAUGAAAACGAGCUCAGUGAUGAGGACAGUGAGUUUGAAGACAAGGAAGUUGGUUUUGAUGAGGAUGCAUUUUCGAACAUCAUGCGGGAAAUGAUGGGAAUGCCCGUUCAUGAUCCUCAGCCGGCCGCCAAUACAGCCAAGUCCUCAACAUCAGCGAGUCAGCUUCCUCCUGGCUCGAUGGCAGGUGCUCGCGAAAGCGACCUCGGCAUUGAAGAGCUGUCGUCGCAGAUGGAGGCCGAGCUCAGGGGACACGGGGCGCUAAGACUGGACAGCAAUGCCGAAAAACGCAUCACUUCUGGCGGCAGAGGCAAAGGCGUCGGCGGCGGCGACAGCCAGGAUCCCGACCAGGAAGCGAGCGAGGGCAGCGAUGGAGAGGUCGAUGUGGACUACAAUCUGGCACGAAAUCUGCUGGAGAGCUUCAAAAGUCAGGCUGGAGCAUCCGGACCAACCGGCAAUAUUCUGGGUUUGAUGGGCCUGCAACUUCCCCGGGACGAAGACGACGACGCUUAG